UUUCGUGGAAUCAGCAAAAAUUGGACAACAAACAGUGAGAGGAAACUUGGGUACUACGUCUGCUGGCUUUCCCAAUCACUAUAAUAAGAGAUUCUUGCAUGUAGUAUCUGCUUAUACUUACUUCUUAGGAGUCGGCAAGGAAGAGACACAAUGAAGCAAAAGGUGGUGUUGGAGGUGGUUAUGAAGUGCCAAAAAUGCCGGAAGGAGUCCCUCAAGGUGGCUGCAAAACAAGACGGCGUCAGCUAUGUUGGAUUGGAAGGACAAGAGAAAAACAAAGUUGUGGUGAUUGGAGAUGGUGUUGAUGCUAUCAAGUUGACUACAGAGUUAAGGAAGAAGGUUGGACACGCCCAAAUCAUCAGUCUGGUAGAGCAGAAGUAAUGGACAUCCAUUUGAUUGGUUUGGGAGUUACUUCCACAAGAAUCUCAAUAUAUGCCAGAGGGACAACACUGAUAAUUAUAGAAUAGAAAACUUUCUUCUUCUUGUGAUGAUAAAUUUCACGAUUUUCUGUUAGGCACUCGAAAUUUCCUUUGUAUAAGA